AUGAAUAUUUUGAAUACUGAUGGAAGGUUAACUCCUCAGUAUACCGAACAGAAUAAAAGUUCCAGGUCACCUUCAACAGUGGUUUCAAUUAGGUCACCUUCAGAAAGUUCAAAAUCUCCCAAACCCCAACCUGAAAAAUUUAAUGAUAACGAAUUUAAUGAUAAUGAACCUAAAUUUGAUUCCAAUUUGGCCACCAUAAAUGAAAAAGUCGUACCAGGGAUUAAGAAGAAUGCUUUUGUCCAUAAAUUAUACACAAUGUUAAGUGAUAAGAGUUUACUGAAUUUAAUAUGGUGGAAUGAAGAUAAUGAACUUAAGAAUACUUUUAGUUUAAUGCCAGGGAAAGAGUUUUCCAAGAUCUUAACCAACUUCUUCAAGCAUGGUAAUGUUGCUAGUUUUGUACGUCAAUUACAUAUGUAUGGAUUUCAUAAAGUCAAUGAUACUCAUCAAGUUAGCAAUUCUAAUGAUAACCAAGUUUGGGAAUUCAAACAUAGUUCAGGGAGGUUUAAGAAAGAUGAUGAAGAAGGCUUAAUUUAUAUCAAAAGAAGGAGUAGUUCCAAUAGUAACAAAUCAUCAAAUCAAGCCAAUCCUCCAAAGUUACCUACCGAUAAUGUUUAUUAUCCAAUGUAUUUCCAUGAUCAAAUGAUGCCUUAUGUACCAUAUCAAGUUUAUCCACAAGGACAACUUCAACAACAAUUACAUUUCCAACCUCACACUGUCCAUCAUUAUCCUCAUGUUAUUCAUGGCCAAGGGAUUACUGUACCUCAACAUCAAGUAUCUCAAUUACCUAAUUUACAUGUACCUUAUCAGAUGUAUGCCCAUCCUCAAGGUCAUUCUCAUCCCCCAGGCCAUCCCCAACCACAUCCUCAAGGUCAUCAACCGCAUUCUCAAGGCCAUCUACCACAUCCACCCCAUCCUCACCAUCAACAUUCGCAACAAUCUCCAAAACUUCCAGAUCAAAAACCACUCAAAGAACCUGUUCCUCAUAGACCAAUCUCCAGAUCAGCUUCUCCUAACUGGACCCAGGACUCCCACCAUCAAAAACAUAGAUUGUCAAACACCUCACCCACGACAAUUAUUCAUCGUCCUUCAAAUGCUUCCCCCACAUCCUUUGUUCAUAGAGCAUCAACAACAUCUCCAACUAAUGUCAGUCAUUUACCCCCCACUACUUCACCAAGUGGUAAUAUUCAAAAUUACAAUCCUUUACAAUUCAGAAAAAUCUGGAACAAUCCCAACGAAAGACCAAGAAACCCUUCAUUGAUGUACGAUCCUUUAGCAACAGUUCCUAGACCUCAUUCAAGUCAUGGAAGAGAAGGACAAGAAAAAAUCGCCGGCAUCAAAGAAGAAAAUGAUAAUGACAUAAAGAAAGAUAACGAAACCUCAGAUUCUUUGGCAGGACCAAUCAAUCACACCAUCAAUAAUUUUCAAUUAAGACCUAAAGAGUAUCCUAGAAGUUUACCUCCCAGUGAAGCCCAAACACCAUCUCAUCCACUUCAUCAUGGUCAACAUUCUCAUACACAUCCUCAUGCUUCACAUCCUCAUCCAAAUCAUCCAAUUACCAUUCCUCAUGUUAGUUCCUUACCUGGAUCCUUACCCAAUUCUUUACCUGGGUCAUUAUCAGGGAUCUCAGGACCAAUUCCAGGGUCCUUAUCAGGAGCUUCCAUAACGGAUAAAAUUAGACCUUCAUUGGCUGAAAUCUACAAAUUCCAAGAUUCCGUUUCAACCAAUAAUUCUAUUUUUUCAAACACUUCUUCCAUCAGUUCAAACAGUUCCAAUAGAGAUAAUUCCAUUAUUUCUCAAAAGGAUUCAAUCGUUUCCAUGAAAGAUUCCAUUGUUUCAAUUGAUAAGUUCAAAUCUUCACCAGUUGUUGGCUCAACGGUGAACAAUCCUACCACUAUUAGUGGAUUGGGUAAAUUUAGAAGUUCAACACCUCCUCAGAAAUCGAAUUCUCCGAUUAUGAGAAGUCAAAGUUCUAAUAGUAAUAAGGUCAGUAUUCAUUCCUUGUUGGAUGGGAAUGACGAUAAGCGUAGAAAGUUGAGUGAUUAUUAA